GAGGCUGGCUAGAGUCAGAGUUGGAGCCCCGCGGCCAGGAGGGCUGAGUAACUCUCGGAAUCUCCCAAACUCACCUUCUCAGCGCCGGGGCCUCUGAGCGGUGCCAUCGCGCCAAGGCUGUGCGGGCGCGGGGUGGAGGGGAGCGCGCGGGGCCAGGAGCCCGCCCCUCGCCCGGGGGGAGGCUCGCACCGCCGCGGCCGACUGCUGCCCUCAGAGCAGGGGCCCGGCCCUCGCCCUUGGCCCGGGUCUCGCCAUGUUCCGCUCAGGCGGGCAGUGGCUGCGGGGCCUCCGGCUGCCCCGCUUCCCGCCGCGGGGCACCCCCGGCCGCCCGCGCUCCGUCUGCAGCCGCGAAGGAGUGAGAGUGUCAAAGGGUUUCCGGUGCCAAGACUCUCCUAUCCCAACCCCCUUCCCCAGUCGACUGCUGGCAGUGUCUUCUGUUAUCUAUCCGGAGAUGGUCUAUGGGGAGGCAAACACAGGUGUAUAUACGAGAGGGAAACCCACCCUUAUCUGCAGAAACACAAUGGAAAGACAGAGCAGAAGCAGUGAUAAUUGGAGGUGGCUGUGUUGGUGUGAGUCUGGCUUAUCACUUGGCCAAAGCCGGCAUGAAAGAUGUGGUCCUCCUGGAAAAAUCGGAGCUCACUGCUGGAUCUACCUGGCACGCAGUUUAACAACUUACUUUCAUCCUGGAAUAAACUUGAAGAAAAUACAUUAUUAUAGCAUCAAACUUUAUGAGAAACUGGAAGAAGAAACUGGACAGGCGGUGGGAUUCCAUCAGCCAGGUAGUAUCAGAAUUGCUACAACUCCUGUAAGAGUGGAUGAAUUUAAAUAUCAGAUGACUCGGACUGGCUGGCAUGCAACAGAACAGUAUAUUAUUGAACCUGAAAAAAUUCAAGAAAUGUUCCCUUUACUCAACAUGAAUAAGAUUUUAGCUGGACUGUAUAAUCCUGGAGACGGUCACAUUGAUCCUUACUCUCUAACUAUGGCCCUGGCUGCUGGGGCUAGGAAAUAUGGUGCCCUUUUAAAAUAUCCUGCCCCGGUGACUUCUUUGAAACCCAGGUCAGAUGGAACAUGGGAUGUUGAAACACUACAGGGAUCUGUGAGAGCCAAUAGAAUUGUGAAUGCUGCAGGAUUUUGGGCUCGUGAAGUAGGCAAGAUGAUUGGCCUGGAACAUCCUCUCAUUCCAGUGCAGCAUCAAUAUGUUGUUACAUCAAGUAUACCUGAAGUGAAAGCUUUAAAGCGAGAGCUCCCUGUGCUCCGUGACCUGGAAGGAUCGUUUUACCUCCGACAGGAAAGGGAUGGACUUUUGUUUGGUCCGUAUGAAAGUCAGGAGAAAAUGAAAGUUCAGGACACGUGGGUCACCAAAGGAGUCCCUCCAGGUUUUGGAAAGGAGCUCUUUGAGUCUGAUCUAGACCGAAUCAUGGAACACAUCGAAAUUGCCAUGGAAAUGGUUCCAGUCUUAAAAAAGGCUGACAUCAUCAAUGUGGUCAAUGGUCCUAUCACCUAUUCUCCUGACAUUCUCCCUAUGGUGGGGCCCCAUCAAGGGGUCAGAAACUACUGGGUGGCUAUAGGCUUUGGAUAUGGCAUAAUCCAUGCUGGUGGGGUAGGGAAAUAUCUCAGUGACUGGAUCCUGCACGGAGAACCUCCUUUUGAUCUGAUAGAACUGGAUCCCAAUCGUUAUGGCAAAUGGACAACAACUCAGUACACCGAGGCCAAAGCAAGAGAGUCAUAUGGAUUCAACAAUAUUGUUGGUUACCCUAAAGAAGAACGGUUUGCCGGGAGACCAACUCAGCGAGUCAGUGGGCUUUAUAAAACCCUGGAGUCUAAGUGUUCCAUGGGCUUCCAUGCAGGCUGGGAGCAGCCACACUGGUUCUAUAAACCAGGCCAGGACACUGGGUACAGGCCAAGUUUUCGUCGCACAAACUGGUUUGAGCCUGUAGGCUCUGAGUAUAAACAGGUUAUGCAAAGAGUAGGGGUGAUUGACCUGUCACCGUUUGGCAAGUUUAACAUCAAAGGCCAAGACUCCAUCAAAUUGUUGGACCAUCUCUUUGCAAAUGUCAUUCCCAAGGUGGGUUUUACAAAUAUAAGUCACAUGUUAACACCGAAAGGCCGGGUGUACGCUGAGCUGACUGUUUCUCACCAAUCUCCUGGGGAGUUUCUACUAAUAACUGGUUCUGGAUCAGAACUUCAUGAUCUUAGAUGGAUUGAAGAAGAGGCAGUCAGAGGUAGAUAUGAUGUUGAAAUUAAAAACGUAACUGAUGAGUUUGGCGUCCUUGGAGUCGCGGGGCCACAUGCAAGAAAGGUCCUUCAGAAACUUACCUCUGAAGAUCUUAGUGAUGAUGCUUUCAAGUUUCUUCAAACCAAGUCUUUAAAGUUUUCCAACAUUCCUGUCACUGCUAUAAGGAUAUCUUACACUGGUGAGCUGGGUUGGGAGCUGUACCACAGACGAGAAGACUCUGCAGCACUUUAUGAUGUCGUCAUGAAUGCAGGCCAGGAGGAGGGAAUUGACAAUUUUGGAACAUAUGCCAUGAAUGCCUUAAGACUGGAGAAAGCUUUCCGAGCCUGGGGGUCAGAGAGCCCUGGACAUCUGUCUUUGUGUGCAGAGUUGUGGCUGUCCCCAAGGAGCCUGCCUACCCCAUGGGAUUUGAGGACCACCUUUCAAAUCCUUCCUUCUCCUCUGUCACAUUGCACAUCCUCAUUUCCUUAUCAUGCACUUUUUGGGGGAAGAACUACAAAAGAUGAACUGUGAUACAAAUCCCUUGGAAGCUGGACUGGAAUAUUUCGUAAAGCUAAAUAAGUUUUACGAUGUACCAUCUGCCUCCAGACCAGAGAAAGCAGGUGCCUGGAGUUCGGGCAGACCCUAGCAGCAGAUUGCGCCUUCUGAUGACAGAAGCCUUGGCUUAGCUGUGUAAAAUAAGGAUAAAAAUGGCCCGACUCCUGAAAACACUAAAGUUCUGUUGUUGGUCAUCAGUUGGCAAAUAGAUAACUGAUUGUUUUGCUUCAGUGUUUGGGUGUUAUUGUUGAGGAAUAAGGCAUAAACAAACUAUCUCUUUGUAUUGAAAAAUGACUUGUUAAAAUUCUCCAUGAUUACAAACAGGUGUGGUGUGGAUUGGCUAUUAUUAGUUCUUUUAAAUUAUUUCAAUAACCAAAGCUCAGCUCGGAGCUAAGCUAGUUGUUUAAUAGAUAGUGAUUUUGAUUUAUGCUGUUUUUAUGGUUUCUGAGUUGUUGGUUCUCAUUCUGGUGUCAUAAAGUUUAUACCUAACGCUUUCACUGGGGGAAGAUCCAUGUAGCACGAGGACCUGGACUCGAUUGAGCCAGUCUUUUUCAAUUAACUUGACUCAGGUGGUUGGUGGGCCUCAACCUAACCAUAGCAAUGCUGAAUAAUUUCCAAGACAGGUGAAUAAACUGGAUCAGCUUUGUUUAGAACCUAUUUGGUGGUUCCACAAUAACUUUGUCUUGGUUUCAAAGCAGUCUAUAGUGUGAAACAGGUUCCUGAAAAACUUAUUAAUAUUAUAAACUAAACUGUAUCACUUGAUAAUUUGAAUCCUAUGCCUAAAAACAAAAAUGUUAUCCAGCCUGGCUUCAGACAACAUUUUAAACAAUAAUAUAAUGCAAGUCCAAAUUGCUUUGGAAAAUUGUUACAUGAAAACCGGAGCAGCAGCUACUACAGAAGAAUAUAUUUAAUACCCAUCAAAACAAAACAAAAUCCCCAAAGCCUGGCAUUUUACAAUUGUUUAAAAUCAGUUCUUUCUUUUCUUAUACUUCAAAGCAAAUAUGUAAUAUGUAGACUUUCUUUCUUGGCUCUUAAGCAUUUCCACAAUGAUUGCAUAAGCCAUCAUAAGAAGAAAAGUAUAGAGAUGUAGGCGGUGUCAGAGCUAGGAGAUCACUUGGUACCACCUCCUCAUUUGAGGAAGCACAGAGAGAUGAGGGGACCUAAGUGCUGUCAUGUGUAUUGGCCUAGGUUGAACUCUGACCUCCCUGCAGUGAUUUCUCACCUAUCCCUUUUUUCAGCCAGUUUCUUUCCCAUAAUGGGCUUAUUGGUCUUGAAAAGCUGCCCAGCAAUUUUCUGGCAAAAUGUAUCAUAGAAUUUGCACGGCUGCAUUUUAUAUAUGAACACCUCCCAGAGUCAUGUUUGUUUAAUUCUGUGUUUUGUGGUAGGAUCAGAAUAGGUGCUCUGCCCAUUUUAAAAAGGAAAAUGGGUAGGUGAGGAGAUGGACCAUCCGGCCUCUUUAGAGUGAAUUGUGCUUUUAUCGAAAAGCAGAAAAAAGAAAAAUGAAAUCUUGGACUAUAAAGGCGGCAUUUGUCUUCCUUAACUCUUGGAGUUGUCUGAGCUUUGGUCUCCCCGUGGGUGUUGGUUUAUGUGAAGCAAAUACACAUGUGCACACAUUCAUUUAGUCAAAAUUUAUUAAGUACCAUUUAUUAAACACUUGGCUAGGCCACAGAUCUAAAAGUUAAAAAUAUGGCUCCUGAAACUUGAAACAAAUAAUUUCAUGAUCUCACAAAACUUGAAACAAAUAGUACUUGAGGAACUAAAGCUGUAGGAUGCAUUCUUCACAUUAAGUCUGAAAAUGCUCUUCUGCACGAGAAGUGUUGUACAGCAGCACAAAUCAGUGCCGUCUUGUGAAGAGUGAGCACAGGGCCCUGAUAGGAGGCGUUAACCACACCUGUGAUACAGGUAGAAAGAACUGCAGUAAACAGCUCAUACAACUUAAUAAUAAAAAAACCAAACAACCCAAUCCAAAAGUGGGCAGAAGACC